UCGAGUUUCAAGCAAUAACUAUGUUCCGGCAUAAACCUACCGUUAGUUUGCUAAUUUUGCACUGCUUCUUAGCGGUUGGUUAUGUAACCGUUGCCGCUAAGGCAGAUGUAGAUUCUCUCCAAGGAAAGCCCAUAGCGGGAUGCUCUUUUGAAGACAGUCAAUGCGUUUACCACGUCAACCUCGGCCACCACGGAACCUGUGACACCACUGGCAAAGAUGGAGACACAGUCCUAAUGAAGUUGGUGAAACUUCAAAAUAUGCUUCUUGAACAGAGUCUGCUUACACAGGCGGUUAGUAUGAAAUACGACAACGUCACCAUGGUAAUCCAGAAGAUACGGUCGGCAUUGAACAGUUUAGAUGCAGUGACCCGUCAUGAGUUACAGCCUCUUCUACAAACUGUUAUUUCCGCUAACAAUGCAACAAGAGCGGAACUUGCGCCCGUGCUAACAAGACUUCAGACCCUAGAGAAAGAGCAAGGGAAUGUUCUGCUAUGGUUAAACAGAAUUGAAAACGAAAGAGCGCAGUUAUUGUUGAAAGUUGAUGCCUCUUCUAAAGUAUAUUCUAGCUGCUCCGAGUGGAAGAGAAAUGGUCACCACCAAGACGGCCACUAUUUACUGGACGUGGACGGUAAAGGCGGCGUUCAAGCUUUCUACGUGUGGUGUAACAUGACGUCAUCACCCCCUACGGCUUCCAUCGGCCACGAUCGAGGUCUCCGAACUAAGACGGUUGGUUACGAAAAAGUUGGAUCACAUAUUUGUAAAGUGUUGUAUGACGUCACCAUGAGGCAGCUUACAGCCCUGAUGAGCAAUUCAUCUAACUGUAAACAAUAUUUUAAGUACGAAUGUCACGGCGCUCUCAUUAAUACCGGCGGUAGUGGUGGCCAAUCUACGUGGUGGGUGUCACGUGACGGUGAAAACAUGACGUACUUGCCUGGAGGGGAUCCAAAACUGGGAGGAUGCGCUUGUAAAAGAACCAAUACAUGCGCUGGUGGACACGAGUGCAACUGCGACAUGAACGACCUAACUUGGCGUCAAGACGAGGGCUACAUAACUGACGUCAGUAAACUUCCGGUGACAGAGCUGAGAUUUGGUGAUACGGGAAACGCCGGUGAACAAGCCUACUUCACCUUGGGGCCGGUCGAAUGUGAAAACUAAUAUAAGUAAUGAACGUUAAUUAGUUUGAAAUGUAUUUCAUCAAUCGCAAGGCGACACCAUUAAUGAUACAGUACUGAUCGACUUAUUGAUUGAAAAUUUUAAAUCAUUUGAAAUUGUGAACCUUCUACGUGCAGUGUUAUUUACGGAUAUGACAUUUUACUGAUUCAGUUACAAGUAAUGCAAUUUCGUCUAUUGAUGCAAAUGAUUGCACGAGAAAAGUGUAGUGUCUGAUCUAGGAAGUUGUGGAGUAUCCCAGUGUAACGAAGACCUGUGUGUUGACGUACACUGUUUAUUUCCCACUCGAUCACAUCGCACCUUUAAUAAUAUACAAAACAUUCGCAUUAGUAACAUUGGCUGUAGUUUGCUGGAUAGUUGCAAAGUACCUCAUUAGUCAUAAGCAUGACUGAAGUAACUAUUAACUAAUUCAAUUGUUUAUGCUUAGUCCAAAAUAUGUACGAUUUGUCCAUGGUAGGCCUACAUACCACAUCAUUAGACAGACUUUGGCCAAGGGUGUACCGGAUGUUAAAUCGGUGAUUAUGAAGAGACGGAUUAAUCGCAGCAUUUAUGUAAGAAUAAACUGUAGUCGCAGAAUUACAAAUAGCCUUUUUAA